CCUCCCUUCCUCCCUCCCUCCCUCCCUCCUCGGCCCGGCUGUGUGUGUGUGGGGGACUCGGGCAGGGCGCCCGGGGUACUGCGCAGAGCGCGGUGCGAGCCCAGCGGGCCGGGGCGCCAGCGGGGAGGACGAGGCUUUGCGGCGCGAGCAGCCGCCGAGCUUUAAGCCCUGAGUCGGGGGCCGGGCGGGCCUGAGGCGACGCGCCGAGGAGCAGCUUCCGUGGGCAGCGGGGGCCGCGUCUCCGGGGAGAUGCUGUGACGGACCGCGCGGAAGCAGUGCGCGCUGACCGGGGACGGGGCGGCGGCGGCGGUCGGGCCCCGCGGCCUCAGUGGAAGUAUGCAAGACUUAACAGCCCAAGUGACUAGUGAGCUCCUGCAAUUCCCAGAAGUGACUGUUGAAGCUCUUGGAGAAGAUGAAAUAACAUUGGAAUCUGUGCUUCGUGGAAAGUUUGCUGCAGGGAAAAAUGGACUAGCUUGCUUGGCUUGUGGUCCACAACUUGAGGUUGUAAACUCUCUAACUGGAGAGCGAUUGUCUGCAUAUAGAUUCAGUGGAGUAAAUGAACAGGCUCCUAUAGUCCUUGCAGUGAAAGAAUUCUCUUGGCAUAAGAGAACUGGAUUGUUAAUAGGACUGGAAGAAGCAGAAGGGAGUGUUCUGUGUCUCUAUGACCUUGGUAUAUCAAGAGUGGUUAAAGCAGUUGUUCUUCCUGGAAGGGUAACAGCUAUUGAGCCUAUAAUUAAUCAUGGAGGAGCCAGUGCAAGUACCCAGCAUUUACACCCAAGUCUUCGAUGGCUUUUUGGUGUGGCAGCUGUAGUAACUGAUGUUGGACAAAUUCUUCUUAUUGACCUGUGUUUGGAUGACUUGUCAUGCAGUCAAAGUGAAGUAGAGGCAUCAGACCUUGAGGUUAUAACUGGUAUUCCAGCUGAAGUACCGCACAUCAGAGAGCGUGUGAUGAGGGAAGGGCGCCACCUAUGCUUCCAGCUAGCGAGCCCAUUGGGGACAGCUGUUUCUACUCUCAGCUAUGUUAGCAGAACCAAUCAGCUUGCUAUCGGCUUUUCUGAUGGUUACCUAGCACUUUGGAAUAUGAAAAGCAUGAAGAGAGAGUAUUAUACACAGUUGGAAGGUGGAAGGGUUCCUGUCUAUGCUGUUGUUUUUCAAGAGCCUGAGAAUGAUCCUCGCAAUUGCUGUUACUUAUGGGCUGUUCAGUCCACACAAGAUAGUGAAGGGGAUGUUUUGAGUUUGCAUCUGCUUCAGCUGGCCUUUGGUGAUAGAAAAUGUUUGGCAUCAGGACAAAUCUUAUAUGAGGGAUUAGAAUAUUGUGAAGAAAGAUACACACUGGAUCUGUCAGGCGGCAUGUUUCCUUUGAGGGGACAGACUAGUAAUACCAAAUUGUUGGGAUGCCAGAGUAUAGAGAAAUUCCGAUCUCAUGGUGAUCGGGAAGAAACCAUGACUGAAGCUCUCUCCCCUGAUACCAGUGUUUCUGUCUUUACAUGGCAAGUGAAUGUGUACGGACAGGGAAAGCCUUCUGUGUAUUUGGGGCUUUUUGACAUCAAUCGUUGGUAUCAUGCACAAAUGCCAGAUUCAUUAAGAUCUGGAGAAUAUCUGCAUAAUUGCUCUUAUUUUGCCUUGUGGUCAUUGGAUUCCGUUGUAAGUAGAACAUCUCCACAUUAUAUCCUGGACAUCUUGGUACAUGAGCGAAGUUUAAGUCGGGGUGUUCCUCCUUCAUAUCCCCCUCCAGAGCAAUUUUUUAACCCAAGUACUUUUAAUUUUGAUGCUACUUGUUUGUUAAACUCAGGAGUUGUGCAUAUAACUUGUACUGGCUUUCAGAAAGAGACUUUGACUUUUUUAAAAAAAUCAGGACCAUCUCUCAAUGAAGUCAUUCCUGAUAGUUACAACCGAUGUCUUGUUGCUGGCCUCCUCUCACCAAGACUUGUUGACAUUCAGCCUUCCAGCUUAAGUCAAGAAGAACAAUUAGAAGCUAUAUUGUCAGCAGCAAUUCAGACAAGUUCCUUGGGACUUUUGACUGGCUAUAUCAGAACAUGGAUAAUAGAAGAACAACCAAAUUCUGCUGCUAAUUUACGAUUUGUUCUUGAAUGGACAUGGAAUAAGGUAGUUCUCACCAAAGAGGACUUUGACAGACUAUGUGCACCAUUAUUUGACGGUUCAUGUCGUUUCAUCGAUCCACAAACCAUACAGUCUAUCCAGCAGUGCCAUUUACUUCUUAGCAACCUCAAUACAGUCUUAAGCUGUUUUGCAGUGGAGGCCCAGGGCAUCACUGAGAGAGGACUGGUGGACUUGAACAAUAAGCAUAUGGUCACCCAACUCAUCUGUCAGUAUGCACAAAUGGUCCUUUGGUUCUCUCACUCUGGGCUUUUACCCGAAGGCCUAGAUGAUGGUCUACAGCUGUCGAGGCUACGCUACAAUUACCCUGUGAUUCAGAACUACUAUACCAGUCAUCGGCAGAAGUGUGAGCGCUCACCGAGAGGGAAGUGGAGCCAUGAUUGUUUGAUGAUUGACGGAUUAGUUUCUGAGCUAGGAGAUAAAGUUGAGAAGUUGUGGAAACGAGAUGAAGGAGGCACCGGAAAAUAUCCUCCUGCUAGUAUACAUGCACUACUUGACAUAUAUUUAUUAGACAACAUUACUGAAGCAAGCAAACAUUCUAUUACUAUUUAUUUACUACUUGAUAUUAUGUAUUCCUUUCCAAACAAAAUGGAUACUCCCAUUGAAUCUUUUCCAACUGCCUUUGCCAUUUCUUGGGGCCAAGUUAAACUUGUUCAAGGAUUUUGGCUAAUUGACCAUAAUGACUAUGAGAAUGGGUUAGACCUUCUGUUUCACCCAGUUACUGCAAAACCUGCAUUGUGGCAGCAUUCAAAGAUCAUUCAAGCCUUUAUGAGUCAAGGAGAGCACAGACACGCUCUCAGGUACAUUCAGACAAUGAAGCCAGCAGUGUCUAGUAGCAGUGAUGUCAACCUUCACCUCACAGUUCUGCUUUUUAAUAAAUGCAUGGUUGAGGCCUGGAAUUUACUGCGACAAAAUUCUAACAGAUUGAAUAUAGAAGAAUUAUUAAAGCACACUUAUGAAGUCUGUCAGGAAGUGGGCUUAAUGGAGGAUUUACUAAAGUUACCAUUUACUGACACUGAGCAGGAAUGUUUAGUGAAAUUUUUGCAGUCCAGUACCAAUAUUCAGAAUCAUGAAUUCCUUCUAGUUCACCAUUUACAGCGUGCCAAUUAUAUUUCUGCCUUAAAGUUGAACCAGACUCUGAAGAUUAAUCUUACGAAUGAUCGUGAUCCUCAUUUGCGAGAGAGAUCAGUGGCUCGGAAUUCUAUAUUGGACCAGUAUGGGAAAAUCCUUCCUAGAGUCCAGCGAAAAUUAGCCAUUGAGCGAGCUAAGCCUUACCAUCUGUCAACAUCAUCAGUUUUUCGAGAAGUUUCUAGACCCAAACCAUUAUCAGCAUAUCCAAAGAAAGCAGUAACUGGUACAGUGGUAACAAGAUCAACUUUCAUCAAUAAUGUGUUAUCUAAAAUUGGAGAGGUGUGGGCAAGCAGUGAACCUAGAAACUGCAUCUCUCUUUAUAAUAGUCCUAAAGCAGAGCACCCAUCUCCUGUAGUAUAUUCUCUCCCACAUCCAGAGCUUCCUGAGGCAUUUGUUGGAACACCAAUUUCAAAAACAUCACAGAAAAUUUCUAGAUUGCUGGACUUGGUUGUUCAUCCUACUCCCCAGCCUUCGCAGCAUUUGCAGUUUAUUCAGCAAAGCCCCACAAGAUCUCCUUUGUAUCUGCUCUCCAGCUCAUUGCCAUUAAGUUCACAAUUCAAAAGGCCACAUCAGAACACCUCCAAGCCUUCAGAAUUACUUUUACUAGAAACUCCUCUUGUAGUUAAGAAAGCUAAAUCCUUGGCUAUGUCAGCUACUUCUUCUGGGUUUGCCGAGUUUACUCCUCCGUCCAUCCUUAGGUCUGGUCUUCGAGCAACACCUCUAGCAUCUCCUUCUCUGUCACCUGGAAGAUCUCUCACUCCACCUUUCAGACUUAAAGAAACUAGAAUUUCAUUCAUGGAAGAAGGCAUGAAUACAAACUGGACUGCUGGAGCCACAGAUGGCAGCAACACUAAAGUAUUUGUUAGUUCAUCUUUACAUAAAUGUGGACUUCCAGCAGAAACUGAAUGGGUAAAGAGUAAUGACAAAAAGGCAUAUUUUCCCCUGGAUAACCCUGAAAAAUACCAUCAAGGUAUGGAUGCGGGGUCAUUGGGUACCCUAUCACAAAGUCCAGAGAAACUAGAUGUCAACAAAGAAGAUAGUACUACUUCCACCAGAUCAGACCAGACUACCUUAGAGUAUCAUGAUGCACCAUCACCAGAAGAUUUUGAAGAUGGUGUUUUUGUGUCCCCCAAGCCACCAAGUGCUUCCACUGAGUUAACUACUGAAAAAGCUGAGAGGAAUGAUGAAAAAGAUGUGUUUAAGUCAAAAGGAACGUCAUCUAUGGAGAAACGAAUGGGCACUGGGGAAGUUUCAAAGGAGGCCUUUUCAGAAUUCAGUCACUCAAGCCCCAUUCAAGAGGCUUCAGCUUCUCUUUGUGUGUCAUCAGUUUGUGAAAGGCAAAUCCUCACCUCGAAGUCCAAGGUACCAGUUUUGGAUGGAAUAAUACCUAUUGAAACCCGAGCCUCUGCAAUUAGAACAGACAACGAUGAGUCUGUGGCCGACAUCACUGACUAUGAAGGCUCUGGGCUCGUUACUUCGGAAUGCCCUGUUAGGUCUAGGAGCCUUGACCAGGAAGUAACUUUGAAUCUGAAAGAAGACCAUGAACUAGAAGUUGGUGUACUAAAAGAAAAUGUUGUCUUACCAGAAGAAAAGCCUCAAAUUUCUGACAGCCCUCCUGAUACUCAAGAAAUUCAUGUGGUUGACCAUGAAAAACUUGAAGUUCAAAAUGCAGAAGAGGAGGCUAGGAAUCUUUCAUUUCAUGAGCUGUAUCCGUCAGGAACACUUAAACUUCAGUGUAAUCUUGGUACUAUCGAGCAGCAGUUUUGUGACCUACCUGAUGAUAAAGACUCUGCCGACUGUGACAUUGCCGAUGUGGAGGGGGAGCUUUUUGUGGCCCAGAGCAACUUUACCUUGAUACUGGAAGGUGAAGAAGAAGUUGAGGCACCUAGUGUGUUACCUAAAGCAGCUAACACAGCAACUAAGGAGAAACCUGUGCCCCUUCUAGCACAUGAUGGAGAACAUGUUGCAAAUUUGCCAUCUGUUAUAACUAGUGACCAAGAAUCCCACAAGGUAGAGACUUUGCCAUAUGUGCCUGAACCAAUUAAAGUGGCAAUUGCAGAAAAUUUGUUGGAUGUAAUUAAAGAUACAAGAAAUAAAGAAACUACUCCACAAGCAGUGGAACAGGCUGUUCAUGAAAAUAUACCUUUACUAAGCCCAAAGGCAACACGGUCCACCAAGUUAAUGAAAUCUACAUUUAAGACUGUUCAGGAAGCGAGUGUAGUGACUGUUAACAUCAGCCAGGGGGAUGACAUGGUUUCUACUAGAACUCGCACAAGAAGGCAGCAUGCCCAAAGCCUGAAUAUCUCAUUAGAACAGCAGGAGUCCUCAGCAGAUGUUGCUCCUCCUAAGUUGGGCCCACCAACUAUCAAGAAAACUAGAAAAGGAAAAGAAAUUCCUGGGUCUUCUGAAAGUCCCUAUUCCGGUGUAAAGGAAAUAUCUCAGAACCAGCAAACACCUCAAAAUUCCAUUACUCCUAGGAAAGGAAGGAAGAAAAAAGAAGUUAAUCAAGACACAUUACAAAAUACUGAUGCUGUGAAACAGGAACCACAGGUUACUCCAGAUAGGGAGCUGAAAAGAGUGAAGUCUCAAGAACUAGCAACUGAAGAAGCUUCUAGGAAAGAAGUUAAGCCUUCAUUUGUUAGGAGAGGGACUCCUCGGAGAAUUAAAAAAUCUGUGGAAAAUCAAAGUGCUGAAAUUACUAACAAUCUAAAAGUUAGUAAAGCAGCAAGUCAUAGCGGAACCACAAAAAAAUUAAGGAAUACUAAUUUAGAAGUUCCUCAGAACACAGAAUGUAAACAAGAUGAGAAACUCAGUGACCAACAAUUGCCUCUAAAACGUGGAAGUGUCAAAGAGGCCAGUGUGUUAAAUGCGACAAAGGAGCCCAAGCUGGAUUUAUCCCAGUUACCUCUUAAAGCAGAAUUCGAUGUGUCUGCCACACCUAGGAAACGUGGUAGACCAAGAAAAAUAAUUCCAUUGGAUACUGUUGACCCCAAGGCUGUUGAGGAACAGACUAGUCCCAAGAAGAGAGAAGUUCCCAGCAUCCGAAGGUCCACACGGAGCACCCCAGCUAGAAAUGAGAACACUCUAGAGCAGUCCAUCUUAGUGCCAAAUGAGGCGCUUACCAUGGUGAUGGCCUCCAAGAAAACACUUACAAAGUCUCAAAGUCAAAGCCAGAAACGUGCAUUGUACUCAGUAUCAGAAGACCACACAGGUGAAUCAACCCACAAAGACCCACAUGACCAGGAGGAAAGAUUGUUUGCCACUGCUGCUUUUCCUAAAUCUUCCCGGAGCACAAGGACUAGGUCUAGCAAGGUCAUCUUGUUGCCGGACUUUUCUGAACCAAAAACUGAACCUUUAUUUUCUCCUCUUGCAACAAAGAUUCCAAGUAAAACAAAAGCUGACAACAUGAAAGCAGCUGGGCAACUGAAAGAAUUUGUAUCAGAUUUGUCUUCUCAGUUUGUUGUCUCACCUCCUGCUUUGAGAACCAAGAGGAAAAAUACUUCAAAGCUUUUGGAUGAACUGGAAGGUGACACUAAGCCAUUAGAAAUCAUAGGAGAACAGAAAGUGAAAAGAAUCAGGACUACAAAGACAAAACAAGCAAGCAGAAACACAGGAAAAGAAAGUUGGUCACCUCCACCAGUAGAAAUUAAGCUCAUUUCUCCCUUGGCAAGCCCAGUUGAUGAAGUAAAGAUCAGGAGACCAAGAAAGACUACAGAAGUAGCAGGAAAAACUCUUGCAAGGGGCAAAAAGAAGCUGUCUUCCUUUCCAAAGCAAAUUUUACGCAGAAAAAUGCUGUAGUUUUUACCCCCAAAAUUUUAAUGUACAUGUUUGUAAAGUCAUCGGUAUUUGUGUGGAUUAUUAAAAGUCACCUAAUUUGGAAGGAAAUAAUUUAUAUAAUUGUAAAAUUUUGUAAACAGACAUAAAUAAGUAUAGUAACUCCAUAUGGAGUAUGGUUCUAGCCCAGGCAUUUUAUAAGACUUCGUACGUUUAUAUAAUAUGUAAAUAUGACUUAUUAUUGGGAUGUUAAAUAAACGACUGUAAAGUAUUCACUUCGUGUCUGUUAGAUUUUUGAGAGGGGAUUUCUGUUUUACCUGAUUUUAUAUACAAGUAAGCAUUUCUCCAUUUUCCUCUAGUGUUAAGAUAGUAGACCAGUCUUAAAAUGAAGGAAAUUAAAUUGUUUUUUAAAGUUGCUAUUUUAUAAUUUAUGCACUUUGUUUCUGUUACUAAGAUUUCUAAUCAUUAUAUGUAUUUUUAUUUGGGCUUUGCCUGAUACUUACAUUGAAUUUGAAUUAUGGGCAUGUGAUUUUUUUGCUGCCUUUUUGUAGUUUUACAAAUUUUGUGAAAUCUACCUCAAAACAAUAAUUCUUCAAGUAAUGCACUGGUUAACUAUAAUGCUGGCAUUUCUUGUUCAGUAACUCAAAGACUAUCUUGUCUCUCAAUUCAGAGACUGAUUAUCCAGGUUAGAUUGACCGGUUCACUGCUUCUUAGCAACCUCGUGAAAGGAUUUGAAAAAGAAAUGUAAAGUCUGUUUUAGAGAUUGCCAGUGCACCAUGUGUGUAACCGAAUAUUCAUGAGUAGUUCAGCCAAGGAAUAUUCAUGCUGUGAAGGAGCUUGCUACUGAAUCAUGGAAAUCUCUUACUAUUCAGGUUUUUAGACGAGCAGAUUAUCACAGGACCUCAGGCACAGAUGCUGGAGCCUGGGAAGAAUGAAACAUGCGACGUGCUGUGUGACUGUGCAGUUAAGCAAUGGUACUUGAUGGAGGCCGUGAAAUUCAUUAAUAAUUUAAGUGUUGUGAAAUAAUUUAUGACAGGUAAUUGAUAGUAUGUAAUGAAUGGAACGUUGAUACCU